AUGUUCUUUUCUGCAGAACGAAGUUCGGCUUGUCACCAUGAGUUUCAAUUUUGCAAACCAUCGCCAAGAGAGGUUCCAUCCAACCCAAGCCCGUCUCUUGAUCCCAGACAGUGCAAUGCCUUUGUGGAAAGAAUUGUUCGUAAGAAUGGAUUCAAGUACCCUAGAACCGAGCCGUUUGAAAAUAAAGAUAUCUUCUUGACAGUAAGUCAAAUGAUUUCAGUAGUGCUUAACUACUAUGUCGUUGAAAAUCCAGCUGAGAAAAUACAGUGA